AUGGCUUUUUUCAUGCCCUUUAUUUCUGAUCCUGCAUUAAUUUGUCUGCUGUGUGCACUGCUUUUAUUAGGUGCAUUUUAUUUUUCACUUGGCUCUAAAAACUCAGCUUUUAAACUACCUCCUGGUCCACCUCCUCUUCCGAUCAUUGGUAACCUGCAUUUGCUGGAUAUUAGACGGCAAGAUAAGUCACUAUUGAAGCUAGCAGAAAAAUAUGGGCCAGUGUUCACCCUCCACUUUGGGUCCCAGAAAGCUGUGGUACUGACUGGAUACGAAGCCGUGAAGGAGGCACUUGUGAACUUCACAGAUGAAUUUGUAGACCGACCCCCCAUCCCAAUAUUUGAACAAAUCCAGCAUGGAAAUGGUGUAUUUUUCUCUAAUGGAGAGCUGUGGAGAACGACACGAAGAUUCACUGUGUCAAGCAUGCGUAACCUUGGAAUGGGGAAAAAGCUGAUAGAGGAAAAAAUUCUUGAAGAGCUUCAUUUACUUAUUGCGACAAUCAAAUCUUCCAGAGGUGAGCCAUUUAGCCUUAAGUCAUUUAACGCUGCUCCAACCAACAUCACCUUUCUUAUGCUGUUUGGGGACCGGUUUGACUACAAAGACCCAACCUUUGUCACUCUGUUAAGACUCAUAGAUGAAGUUAUGGUUCUUCUUGGAUCUCCAUUCUUGCAUUUUUUUAAUUUCUACCCAUUCCUUGGAUUAUUUCUCAAAACCCACAAGAUUUUACUUAAAAAAAUAGAAGAUGUGCGCAUCAUUUUAAGGAAUUACAUCCAGAUCAGCAAACAAGAUCUUAGCGAGAACUCACUGAGCUACAUUGAUGCAUUAGUGUUCAAACAGCACAAGGAGACAAACAAGAAAGACAGCCUGUUUCAUGAUGAAAACAUAAUAGCAUCUGUACUUGACCUGGUCAUGGCUGGAACUGAGACAACUGCCACAACAUUGCAAUGGGCCAUCCUACUGAUGAUGAAAUAUCCAGAGAUCCAAAAAAAGGUACAAGAGGAGAUUGGGACCGUUGUCCAAUCAGGAAGCCAGGCCACAUAUGAAGACCGGAUAAACAUGCCAUUUACAAAUGCGGUGAUACAUGAAGUACAGAGAUUCAUCACCCUGCUGCCACACGUUCCACGGUGCACAUCUGUUGAUACACAUUUCAGAGGCUACUUCCUCCCCAAGGGAAUAACCGUGAUUCCUUCCCUCACCUCGGUGCUGCUGGAUAAAACACAGUGGGAGACACCGCAUGAGUUUAAUCCCAAUCAUUUUCUUGAUGCUGAUGGGAAGUUUGUAAAGAAAGAAGCUUUUCUGCCAUUCUCCACAGGGCGCAGGAAUUGCAUUGGAGAAAGUCUGGCCAAGAUGGAGCUGUUCCUGUUCUUUGUAGGGUUGCUGCAGACCUUUACUUUCCAACCCCCACCCGGGAUCACAGAAUCAGACCUGGACCUUGCGGUUCCUCAGACCACUUUUACUUUAAGACCACAACCUCAGUUGGCCUGUGCUGUUCUGUGUGAAUAAGAAGGACAGUGUUAGGGAAUCAUUCCUUUGCAUUGACUUCGACUGCACAGAACAUUUCUACUGGGUGCAGCAAAGAGAAGGCAGAACCUUGGAGAAAUGGUUAAUAUGGUCCAGAUGAGACAGCUAUUGCAUUAUAUGCACUGCAGUCACU